AUGAACCCAUUUGUUUUUUUUGCGGGUUGGCUCCCCAUAAUCGAUAUGAUUAUGUCCUUCAUGGCCUUAAUCCCCGGCUUGUUGACACGCCAAAGCAAUCCAAAGAUGGGCACCAAACCUGUUACACUUAAGAAUCAUAGAAACAAGAAGUACAUGCACUGGGAGAAGGAAAUUCUAAAAAAUGCCCGGGACACAAAAAGGUCAAUCAGGGAAAGGCAAUGUUAUUCCGAGACAGAUCGGAGAACUAUGAUUGAAGUAAUAGACAAAGGUCGGGAUAAAUUAUUGGGUAAAAUUCUUGAACACGCAAAAAUUGAAGAUGACAACUUGGACAUGCUUGGAAAAAUGCGAAAUUCGGUACGUGGCGCUACAGUACCAGAGCCCAAAUUUUGGAGGGAGGGACUCAUUGACUUGCAAAACGAUAUCAAAGAAAUUUGCUUUCUGCCCUCAAAUCGUCAGCAAGAUCAAUUGCCAUAUGGCGCUAAGCAGGAAUUGAAUGUUUUCUUUGAAAAGUUGUUAAGUUCAGCCAAUGGUCGGCUUGAUGCUCUCCUGAAGCUUUAUGAAGAUAACUAUCAGGGAGCAUGGGUGACUUUUUAUAUAAGAUUUAGAUUUGGAUUUUCCAAAUUAAGAGCUUGGGGCAAACUGAUCGUCUCAUCCGGGACCUUGGUAUAUUUGACCACUGUGGGGCUCGAGUACAUCCUGUCAAUCUCUGAGAACUAUCCGAGGCUUGCAGAAAGGAUAAAAUUUUAUGUUGCACUCGCUCUUUUGCUUUUUACAGUCUUAGCUUAUUCAACGGGACUGACAUGGUACUUUGUAUCCUGUCUCUUAUCUGGUACCUCAGGGCUAAAAGAGUUCUUUAUGAAUAAGAAGAGCAGCGAUAAAACUAAAAAGAGCUGGCUUUCUGAUAUAUAUGGCAAAAGUUUUACGUGGUGCUUCUGGUGGCACGGUAAGCUAGAGGACCCUUCACUUCAGGCGAACGUAUACAAUGAAACGGCCUGCGAAUUAUGGGAGGAAAUACCAUUGAAGGAUCAAUCCUCAAUUAACCCUGCUGAUGAUGAACGCGGGUUAAGAACCGGUUCGAAUAACCUGAGUGCUUCGGUCUACUGGACUCCACUUGAGGACAUGAAUCCCGCAUCGGCCAUGAGAGUUGCAAGGAUCUACUGA